AUAUUCUCAACACACACUCCUGUGUCUACAUUAGAGAGACUAAGAGAAGAACAGCAGGGUUUGCCAUCAGCUCAUCAUAGGCUCUUUCUCAAUCCUGCACCUGCGACCACUGGCCUGACCCCCCAUCUCUGACCCAUCCACCCAUGCCUGCCGUCAUCUGUUUCCACAGCGUGAGAUCAGCCUCAGGACCCACCCAUGGUCGUGGUGCUCAUGCUGGCUCUCGCGCUCCUCCAGCUGGCGUCAGGUCAGUGGCACGUGAUUGGGCCAGAGAAUACUGUCCAAGUCUUGGUGGGAGAGGAUGCAGUGUUCCCCUGUGCCCUCUCUCCUGAGACCAAUGCAGAGGCCAUGGAAGUGCGGUUCUUCAGGGAGCGGUUCUCUGCCGUGGUUCACCUCUACCAGGGUGGGAAGGACCUGGAGCACAUGCAGCUGCCAGCCUAUCGGGGGAGGAGCGAGUUGGUGAAGGACUUCAAGGAUGGGCGUGUGACACUGGUGCUAAAGAAAGUCACCACCGCGGACGCCGGCCUCUAUGGCUGCUCGUUCAGCUCCCAGACCUAUGAGCAGGAGGCCCUCUGGGAGCUGCAGGUGUCAGAGAUGGGCUCAACGCCUCUCAUUUCUCUCAUGGGGUUUGUCGACGGGGGCAUCCAGCUGCUCUGCCAGUCCUCGGGUUGGUUAUCUCAGCCCAUAGUGCGGUGGGAAAAUUCACAAGGACACGACUUACCCGCACACUCCAAGAUGAACGAAGACAUGCACGGGCUGGUUGAUGUGGAGACGUCCGUUAUCAUCCAGGAAGGCUCCGGGAGCGUGUCCUGUUCCAUCCAGCUCACCCAGCAGAGCCCGGCCGUCAGGUCCAGAGUGCUGGUAGGAGAGACACUUUUCCAGCCCUCAACCUGGCGUCUGGCUUCUAUUUUGUUGAUAUUACUCUGCUCUGGUGCAUGUGCUGGCCUCAUUGGGAUGAAGCUUUCAUUCUCAAAAUCCCAAGGGAAAAUCCAGGAAAAAUUGAAAUGGAGAGAAAUGCACAGAGAGUCAGAGUGGAGAGAGGCCCGGAAGCAUGCAGUGGAGGUGACGCUGGAUCCAGACACGGCUCACCCCCAGUUCCACAUUUCCAAUCUAAGAGCUAUGUGCUACAGGAAUGUUCCCCAGGAUGUGCCGCAGACAGAGAAGAGGUUUACCAGGAAGUGUGUGGUGGCGACUCAGGCCUUCCAGACCGGGAAACAUUACUGGGAGGUGGACGUGGGCUGCAAUGAGUACUGGUACUUAGGAGUGUGCUGGGACGACGUGGACAGGAGGGGCAAGUAUGUGACUUUGUCUCCCAGCAACGGAUACUGGGUCCUUGGACUGCGGGCAGACCAAAAUUAUUUUACAAUCAAUCCCAGUAUCAUCAACCUCUCUCCCAAAACGCCCCCCAGACGAGUGGGGAUCUUCCUGGACUAUGAGGGCGGGGCCAUCUCCUUCUUCAAUGUAAACGAUGAGUCCCUCAUUUACACCCUGACACAUCCGUUUCACGGACUUCUGAGGCCCUACCUUGAGCAUCAGACCUAUGAGGGGGAAAAUCCACAUCCUAUAUCCAUUUGUCCAGUGUCCCUGAGAUGAGAAGGAAAUUAUUCAGUUUCCAGAGGCCAGCAGGUGACAUGGGGGUUAAGGUGCUGGGUUCCCACAUGUCAUUUGUGGUUCAA